CUGGUCACACUGGUCACUCUGGACGCUUUUAACUUGCAAGAUUUGUAAGCAAAAUUAAUAAAACUAAAAAACUGAAAUUAUUGCAUAAAGUAUGGGAGUAACUAUACUUCAACCAUAUCCCUUGCCCGAGGGCAAAUCAGGUGCGCACAUAAUUGAUCAGCUGAGCAAGCGUCUGCUCGCCCUGGGCGCCACACAUGCCGGCCAAUUUCUGGUGGACUGCGAAACGUUCAUCUCGACGCCACAACCGCACAAUGGAGCACCUGGACGCGCCGUCCACGUCCUGCACAACUCCGAGUAUCCCGCCUCCACGUUCUCGAUCAUCGACAACGGCACCGGCAAACAAGUGGCCAUUGUCGCCGACAACAUCUUCGAUCUCCUCAUGCUCAAGAUGACCAACACCUUUACCUCCAAAAAGCAGACCAAAAUCGAGUCCCGUGGCGCUCGUUUCGAGUAUGGUGACUUUGUUAUCAAACUCGGUUCUGUCACCAUGAUGGACCAUUUCAAGGGCAUCCUCAUCGAAAUCGAGUACAAGUCGUGCGUGAUUCUGGCCUACUGCUGGGAGAUGAUACGCGAGAUGCUGCAGGGAUUCCUCGGCAUUGCUGUGAACAAGGACUUCCCCUCCUAUUUCGCUCCACAGACAAUAAUGACGGCAAUGGGGCAACAGCAGCUGCAUGCCAAGCACAACGACAUCUUCGAGCCAAUGGACACCGUGAAGCAAUACCUGGAGCAGUUCACCAACUAUAGGAAGCAUGUGACUCUUAUGGGCGGCAUGGGCAGUGCACCGGGUGGCCAACAGGUUGGUCCGAACGUGCAUAUGUCGCCGGCGGUGGGGGGCCUACAUCGACCCUGAUCCGCCGACGUCAAGCUGGAGCCACCGGAUGAGCCUGCAGCCGAUUGAGAUGAUUAAGAGAACAUAAUUUAAACAAAAAUAUAUGUCAUUAAUAAUUAAAUAAUCCAUACUUUAA